AUGGAUGGGCUUCACUGUGGGUGUGACUUCAUGGAAAAAAGCGAAAAACAAAUGCUGGAAGAAACUGCAUAUGAAGAAAUUGAAAGGGAUUUUCAGCAUGUUCUCAGGGAACUUUCAGGAGACCGAAGUCUGGAGAAAUUUAAGGUUGAAUAUGAGAAGCUUCAUGCUGUCAUGAAAAAGUCUUAUGACAAUGAAAAGCGUCUGAUGGCCAAGUGCAGGGAACUGAACGCAGAGAUUGUGGUUAAUUCCGCGAAGGUCGCCGCUUCCCUAAAGCUCUCUCAGGAUGAUCGGACCACCAUCGUAACCCUAAAGAAGGAAGUUGAAAAGGCCUGGAAGAUGGUGGACACAGCCUAUGAUAAAGAGCAGAAGGCAACGGAGACGAUUCUUGCCCUGAAAGAGGAAAUCGUGAACCUAACCAAACUAGUCGAGCAAGGAUCUGGACUGUCUACGGCCCAGGAUAGCAACAUCCGAGAUUUGCUGAAGUUCAAAGAAGAAGUGACCAAGGAGAGAGACCAGCUCUUGUCUGAAGUGGUGAAAUUACGAGAGACCUUAGCUCAGAUCACUGAGCAGCAGCAGGAGACGGAACAGAGCCGGGAAGAGGCCCAGCAGACCAUCAGUCAGUUCCAACAGGAAAUCCAGCAACGUCAGAAUGAAGCUUCGCGGGAGACUCGGAAGAAGGAAAAACUAGAGAAGGAGCUCAAGCAGAUUCAGACAGACAUGGACACCAGGCAGACGGAAAUCAAGGCCCUGCAGCAGUACGUGCAGAAGAGCAAGGAGGAGCUUCAGAAGCUGGAGCAGCAGCUGAAGGAGCAGAAGAUACUGAAUGAGAGAGCUGCAAAGGAGCUGGAGCAGUUUCAGAUGAGAAAUGCUAAACUUCAGCAAGAGAACGAACAGCACAGUUUGGUUUGUGAGCAGCUAUCUCAGGAAAACCAGCAGAAGGCGUUGGAGCUCAAAGCCAAGGAAGAAGAAAUCCAUCAGAUGCGCCUGGACAUUGGGAAGCUCAACAAAAUCAGAGAACAAAUCCAUAAGAAGUUGCAUCAGAUUGAAGAUCAAAAGGCAGAAGUGGAACAGCACAAGGAAACUCUGAAAAAUCAGAUCUUGGGGUUAGAGAGAGAGGUGGAGGCUUCAAAGAAACAAGUAGAACUUGAUAAGAAGGCAAUGGAUGAGCUUCUGAGAGAAAGGGACAUAUUGAAUAAGAAUAUGCUUAAGGCAGUCAGUAAUACCCAGAAACAGAUAGACCUGGUAAAGCUCCAUGAACAAGCCAAGAGGAACCUGGAGGAAGAAAUCCAGAACUACAAAGACGAAGCACAGAAGCAGAGAAAGAUCAUCUUUCAACUGGAAAAGGAGCGAGACCGGUACAUCAAUGAAGCCAGUGACCUUACCCAAAAGGUCCUCAUGAACAUGGAAGACAUAAAAGUCCGUGAGAUGCAGAUUUUUGACUACAGGAAAAAAAUCGCUGAAUCAGAGACUAAAUUAAAACAACAACAGAACCUGUAUGAAGCUGUGAGAUCAGACAGGAAUCUGUAUAGCAAAAAUCUGGUUGAGGCUCAGGAUGAAAUAACAGAAAUGAAGAGAAAGUUAAAGAUUAUGACCCAUCAGGUAGAUCAGUUGAAAGAAGAAAUCUCGGCGAAGGAGUCAGCCCUUGUGAAGCUACAUCUGGAACAGCAGCGGAUUGAAAAGGAGAAGGAAACGUUGAAGGUACAGAUCUCGAUGAUAGAAAGAGAAAGGCUGGUUCGUUCUUCACUCUUUCCUAACAGGCAAUCCCCCGAAGUGGCUGAGCUGCAGAAGCUGAGACAACAAACCCUGGAGACCAAACACUUCAUUGAACAGCAGGAAGCCGAAGAGAGAAGACUGCUGCGAAUCAUUGUCGAGGCCGAUGGGGAGAGGCUGAGACAGAAGAAGGAGUUAGACCAGGUCAUCAGCGAGAGAGACAUCCUUGGGUCACAGCUAGUUCGACGCAACGAUGAGUUGGCUUUGCUGUAUGAGAAGAUCAAGAUCCAGCAGUCCGUGCUGAACAAAGGCGAGAGCCAGUACAACCAGAGGCUGGAGGACAUGAGAAUCCUCAAGCUUGAGAUCAAGAAGCUACGCCGGGAGAAGGGGAUCCUUGCCCGGAGCGUGGCUAACGUCGACGAACUCAGGCAGGAGCUUUUUCACACGCAGAGAGAGUUCCUGAAGGAGAGGACAAGAUGCCGAGCCCUGGAGGAGGAGCUGGAGAACCCCAUGAACGUGCACAGAUGGAGGAAGCUCGAGGCCAGUGACCCCAGUACCUUUGAGCUGAUUCAGAAAAUUCAUGCCCUGCAGAAGCAUCUCAUCAGCAAGACGGAAGAGGUGGUUGAAAAAGAGCUGCUCCUCCAGCAGAUGUAUGGCUGGUAUCUGCUCAACUUACAGCUUACUGAGCCUCCGUACCAGGGCGCCUGUGGUUCCUGGGUAAAUCAGACAGACUCGAUCCUGGCUUUGAUGGACCUCCUGGUUCUGCAGCCACAGUGCAGUGCGACAAGGUUGCCCCCGUGGGACUGGGCUGCUUCUGAAAACAGGGUCCUUCACUUGUUCCCAGUCCCACCUCUGAGGAAGCCCUGGCCGGAGGCAGAAAGGCUGACUCCGCAGGCAGUUGGGGUGGAAGCUGCCCACGUGUUCCAGGAACUGAUGGCCAUCCCACUGCGCCAGGCAUUUCAGCUGCAGCUGAAAGUUUGA